AUGGCUACACAGAUGGAUGCUCUGCAGUCCUUUUCCUUUCUUGCAGAUAGCGUUCCUCAAUGGCUCACCAAACUCGAUGAACUAGUCUCAAAAUGCGACAUACAGUACGAGCGAUUUACGCGCAUAAGCCAACAUGGCGAGGUCAAAUUGACGAGGAAAAAGCAUGAUUCGACUGAGUCUCUGCGGCCAGGCAAGGACAUUGAAACGACCGCCCUCUCAGCUAUGAAUGUAGAUGGCCCCUCAAUGCCCACCAAAGCAGUCGCAGCACUACCUAGCGAGCCCGAGAAAUCCAGCAAUUUAGAACCAUUCGCAUCUCGGGACCUCCACCGCAAACGACGAGCUGGCUCGGAUUUAUCUGGAGCACCCUCAAAUCACUGUCGCUAUCGAACAAAGAGCAUGGUUGUUGUCUAUUAUGACUCCGAAAUUCAAAGUCUGUUUGAAGCUCUUGUGAAGAAUAUCGCAACGGCGCGCAACAAUUUACGAAAGGGCAAGAAUGCUGCUACAAUCAAAACAAGAAUGGUCGCCAUGGGAAUGGCUUCGUCAGCUUCGCAAGAUAGAUCGAGUGACAGAAUGGAGGGGCUCUUGUUAGAUCCCAAGUUGAUGAUGGCAAAGGCGAGAUUGGGCCGACAGCCCAGAGGCAACGCAACAAAGUAUUUUGAAGACGCGGACAAAGACUUAGAAGACGCUCAAAACCUUUGCGAAGGAGGAGCACAUCAAUUCUUGCGAGACGGCGAUUGCCAGGCAGAGAUAGAGGGCACAAGGAAACGCUUCGCCAGUUGUCGAACUAUCGCUACCCAGGAAGUCGAAAAGCUAAAGAAAGAGGAAGAAGCGCGAAGAGCACAUGAAAUGGAUGUGGAGGAUGUGGAGGAUGAGAAGACCCUCGUUGGGGGCACCACACCACCAAGUGAUACCAUGGAAGAGAAGUCCAUAGAGGUGUCAAUUGACCACAAGUUUGGGCCUCCGCCUCUAAAGCAAGUCACUUUUGCAGGUGCUGGUGCAAUUGAGAUCGAUGACGGAUCUGAUGAGGAGAGUAUUCAAAUUGACAUGAGUGCUAUCAGAAGGACAGUAAGGAGUGCAAGGGUAUGA